AGCAGCAACAACAACAUCAGUAUCUGCAGCACCAACACCAGCAGCAGCAACAACAACAGCAGCACCAACAACAACUCACACACAUGAAGUUAUUGGGCGGUAAUGAUGAUAGAAGCAUGCGCGGCAUCGAUCAAUCCAUACCGCGUAACAACGAGGAUGCUGCCGCUGCGGCAGCUAUAAGCUAUGUUUUUCCCCGCCCCUCUCCGGGUGGUAUGGCUCCCGGUAUGGGCUCUGCAGCGGGUAAUGUCCAUGAUGCUGCUGCCGCGGAAUAUGCGGCACAAUUUGCCCAGAAACAGGCUCGCUGGGCCUGUGGCGAUGAACACACCAUUGAUAACCCCGACAAAUGGAAAUACAAUCCACCCAUGAAUCCGGCAAAUGCCGCCCCUGGUGCUCCACCUGGCGGAGGCCCGGGAGCCAUUGGUCCCAUUGGUAUGGGCGGUGGUAUUGGUAGUAUGGGCACAAAUGGCGGUCUCCACCCAUCCAUGGGUGGCCCUAAUCAAAUGGGUAACUCUGCAGCAGCUGCCGCAGCAGCCGGGAUGGCUGCCAUGCAACAAGCGGCCGCUGUUGCCAAACAUAAUCAAAUGAUGUCUCAAGUCGCCGCUGCGGCUGCCCAACAUCAUCAACAGCAGCAACAACAACAGCAGCAGCAACAACAACAACAGCAGCAACAGCAACCUCCACAUCCAGCUCAUCAACAGCCACCGCAUCCCCAGCAUCAGCAGCAUGGUCCACCGCAUCCCUCACAAAUGCAAUCGCAUCAAUUCAAUUCGAAUCUUUUGAAUCAUGCCAUGAAUAAUCCGGCAGCUGCGGCUGCAGCCGCUGCCGCCAUAGCAGCCGGUAUGCCACAUAUGCCAUUGCCACCGAAUAUGCAGGCGGCAGCAACUGGAAAUAUGUACGAUCAUCCGGGUGUGCACCCGGGUGUGGGUAUGAAUGGUGUCGGGGUGCCGAAACCACCGCCACCCGGUCAACCGGGUCCCGGGGAAUUGGUCUAUUUGGGUGGACAACCACAUGCCGCCGCCGCUGCAGCGGCCAUGGGUAUGAUGCCACAAAAUCAAUAUAUGAAUAAUCAAGCUGCCGCAGCGGCUGCCGCUUCAAGGAAUGCAGCAGCGAUCACAACAUCCACUGCCAAAAAACUAUGGGAGAAAUCGGAUGGCAAGGGCGCCUCAUCGGCUGGUGUUACCGGUGGCCCCCUAAAUCCCUUGCACAUUGGUGAUCCACAUGUUUGGAAAGAUUCGCCAUGGUCAACACAGACUGAAACCAUAUUGCCGAGGCCACGUACAUUUCCACAAGCGCCCGAUACGACAGCGAGUGGAAAUGCUGGCAUAUUAAGUCCUCGUGAUUCAACAAGUGGUUUGGGUGUUAAAAUGGUCGAAUAUGUUUUGGGUGGAUCACCAACGAACAAAGAGAGUCCUUUGUCCGGUUUGGAACCACGCUUAAGAGGACUGAAGUUCGAUGAUAAUGAUAAGUCUCACGACGAUAAAGAGAAGGCUAAUUCUCCUUUUGACACAAAUGGUCUGAAGAAGGAUGACCAAGUGACCACAACGAAUGGUGUUGUCAAUGGCAUUGACGAUGACAAAGGAUUCAAUCGUACACCCGGCUCCCGCCAACCAUCACCAGCCGAAGAGACCCUACCACGUCCACCAACACUACUCGAUCCCUCACAACACCCGGCAUUUCCACCACAUGCAUUCAAUCAUAUGUUGGGCGCCGCCGGUAUGGAUCAUCCCGGUAAUUCGUCCGCCAAUACGGGUGCCGGUGGUCCCGGUGGUCAGGGUCAACAGAUGAACUCAUCAUUUCCACAUCAUCAAAUGCCGCAAAUGAAUCAGCUACAGCCACCGGUUAUGAACGGUGUGGGUGGUAUGCAAAUGGCUCAGAGUCCCAUGAUGAAUCACCAAGGUCAACAGGGUCCCAAUCAAAUGGAAUCACCAGGAAAUCUAUUGCAGCAACAGCCUCCUAAUUUUGAUGUACAGGUGAGUCGGGAGAAUUAUAAUUAG